AUGCUGGCCACAUUCAACACCGUUAUGCAGGAACAUCUGAAAAGAAUAAAAAAUAAGGAAAUUUUCCAACAUUAUUUGGGGAAAGACAUUCAAAACAAACUCAUCAGCCUUAUAGCGAAAGAAAUCACAAAACACAUUCUGCAGUUGUUGAAAAAUGCAAAGUAUUAUUCUAUAAUACUUGAUUGCACACCAGACAUUACUUUAAUUGAACAAAUGACUAUAAUUGUUCGAUUUGUGUCCAUCAAGGAAGGCGAGUCUCCAACUGCUGAACCAGAGCUCUGUAUAGAUGAAAAAUUUCUAGGUUUCAUCCAAAUCCUAAGUUCAACUGGAGAAGGUUUAACUGAGGCAAUUUUGUCUGAACUUGAAAAACUUAAGAUCCCAGUUGGUGAUAUGAGAGGACAAGGAUACGAUAAUGGAUCCAAUUUGAAGGGCAAACACCAAAGUGUUCAGAAAAGAAUCCUGGAUUUAAACCCGCGUGCCUUUUAUAUUCCCUGCAGCGCUCAUACAUUAAAUCUUGUUGUGAAUGAUGCAGCCAUGUCAUGCUGGGAUGCUGCAUCCUUCUUUUCUAUUGUACAGAAAAUCUAUGUGUUUUUGUCAGGAUCCACAGUUCGGUGGAAUGUCUUGAAGAAGCACAUUGGCAGACUUACGCUAAAACCUUUGUCUGACACCAGAUGGCCUUCAAGAAUAGAUGCUAUUCGUCCAUUUAGGUUCCAGGUUGGAGAAAUUUUUGAUUCACUCUCUGAAAUUUUGAGAGAGAACUCUCACACGGCAAUGGCACAGUCUGAUGCUGAAUGUCUUUCAAAAGAACUGAAUAACUUUACAUUUUUGUGUCUUAUUGUGUUGUGGUACAACAUCUUAAAUAGAAUAAACUUUGUUAGCAAACAAAGUAGAAGUAUGUAUCUUCCAGAUGUUGUAGAUAUCCUGAAAUCCACAACCACUUUUUUGGAGAAUUAUCGUUCUGAUAAAGGGGUUGAAGAUUUAGAGGCAAAAAACCUAUCAUUAGAAAUGGAAAUAGAUCCUGUGUUUCCUCCUUUUGUGCGACAAAUUUAA